AAAGUGAACUGUGAAAGGCGCUGUGAAGCAAUGAAGUGGACAAAGAAAUUGUGAAUUCGACGACCAAACUGGGUUAGCGCGUGCGAAAGUCAAUGACAGACAAACGAUUCACCGUCUAAGACACACCACGAACAACAAAGAGCAAUGUGCAGGAGAUCUAACCACACGCAUCCCUCAAGCGUAAUGAGUAUAUAUCACGGUCGAAAAUUUGCUUCCUGGACGAUAAACUACUCCUGGGCCGCUACUAAGACAUUACUGCGAGAACAAUAUCAACACCAACUCGAGAUAAUGAGCUCCAUUCAAGACUACAUCGCCAUAUACAGAGACCCCGGACCCUUCGGCCGAAUUCUCGAGGGCAUAUUCCCCGACACGUCAAAGGCGCCCAGCCCCCCCAAAGACCAAUCCUUCACCAUCGGCGUCCGCCGCCCGGAGAUGUACUACCCCAAGCCUCCAAAAAACCCGAGCAUCAACGGCGUCGUUAAAUCCAGCUACAAUGACGCGUGGAAGUAUGCGCCGACUGUCACGAAGGCAAACAUGGGGAAGUUGAAGCUCGACACGACGAUGGUCUACAAGGAAAAAUUUCCGGAUAAUGUGAAGUGCUCACAUUUGCGGCUAGGAGCAACGGAGUGUAUGAGCGGUACUUGCUUCUUUUUGGGGGUUGAGGAUGAGCAUGAGGAGGUGAGGCGGCUGGAGGUAACGGGCACGAAACCGUACCAUGGUGCGCAACCGAAGGUGAGGAAGUGGGAUGUGGGGCAAAUGGAUUUGAUUAUGAGUAGGAGGGUGUUUAUUAACGGGAAGGGGACGGCUUGGAUUGCGUGUGUGGAGGAUUGCUAGGCUGGCACAGCGAGCUUGACGAUAACCGAGAGCGCGAACAAACAGCAAUGGUAAUGCAACACUUAAAGAGGUAUCCAAGACGUCAAGGAAACCCGGACAGUAGUUCUUAAAAGGCACGCUCGCUGGUAUAUAUCAAAGGGCCGAACAGUUAUGCAACAUGACUGAACCCAGACUUAUUACCUCUUUCC